CGCUUUGGUUUCAUCUUCCUCGCUGCUCUUUCCCGAUUCAAAACUCCACCCCCUUUCUUCCCUCCCCUCCUCUCCCCAACCCCCCCAAACCCUAUCAUGUCCUCCUCUACCGACGCCAUGGCGUCGCCAUGCUCCCAUGAUCAAUUCGACGAACCAGACCGUGGCACGGUGCUGAACUACAUUUUCCAGGCGGCCUCCGACGAUGAGCUCUCCAUCUUCAAGGAGCUGGUCACGAUAAUACUGGACAAUGGCAGGGGCCGCCCCAAGGAAGCGAUUGAGGAAUUGAGGGUGGAAGAUGUCGGGCAGCUUGAAGGUUUCAGUGCGCUGCACAUCGCGGCCAGUAAAGGGAGUCUGGAGGUGUGCAGGUACCUCGUCGAGGAGCUGCUGGUAGAUGUGGAUCUGGUCGACAAGGAAGGUAGAACACCUCUGUUGUUUGCAACAUACCACAAUGGGGGUACUGCCGAAUAUCUUCUUGAUCAUGGCGCUAAUCAAGACAAAGCUGAUCACGAUGGGUCUACCCUGUUACAUUAUGCCGCUGAAUUAGGCAAUUGUGAAAUGGUAGAGCUUUUGCUUGCAAAAGGAGCUUAUGUUGACCCGGUAUCUGCUUGUGGAACACCACUUCAUGUUGCUGCUGGUAAAGGGCAUUAUGGUGCUAUGAAGAUUUUACUGGACCACAAUGCAGAUUACAACAAGAUGGUAAAUGGCGUGACACCUCUUAUUGUUGCUACAGAUGCCAAGUCAAUGAAAUGUAUCAAGCUCCUAGUUAAGGCUGGUGCCAAUCUCAAGGAAGCUGCAGCAUAUACAACUCUCCACGCGGAAAAAGUGGUUUCAGAUUACUUUCUCAAUUGCAUAAUGGAGGACGUUGAUGCCAACCGUGAUGUUCCUUUUGAUCAGGGGCCUAUGCUUAAACGGGAAAUCGUGACAUCAGGGCUUAUAUCACGAGGGAGCAACUCUUUAAAGAACAAGGAUUAUGUUGUCGCAGCAAAAUUGUACAGUAAGGCAAUGGUGCUUGAUCCUGAUGAUGCAGUCUUGUUCUCAGACAGGAGCCUUUGUUGGCUUCAACUGGGUGAUGGAAAAACGGCUUUACUAGAUGCUAAUAGAUGCAGAAAAAUGCGGCCUCACUGGCCAAAAGCUUGUCACCGGCAGGGUGAAGCUCUGAUGCUACUGAAGGACUAUGAGGGCGCAAGUGAACGGUUCUGGGAUGGACUCAAGUUGGACCCAGUGGACACUGAUAUCGAGGAUGCAUUACGGGAAGCUAUGAAGUCCUUGAAGACGUCUCGGUCUUGGAGCAUGAGAGCCAAUUGACUAUUUGGGUGUUGCAGGGAAUUCAGUUGAAGACUUGAAAUGGGUCAGCAGGAGUUUCUACGUUUGCGCAAAGACUGUUUUCCGUUAGAAAGUAAAAGCGACAUGUCUGACGGACCGUGGCAUGACUGUUGAUGCAUGCAGUAGCAAUACCCGGUGGAAACUCUCCAGUUGCCAUCCAUCGUGUAUCAGGCUCUUCUGUCAGGUUUUUGGGUCUUCGACGAAGCUCACUCGUCUGCGGCGUCAACCGAAUGAUCGCAGCCUCCGCAUUCGUCUUCUUGUGGUGUUGCUGAAUUCCCCCACUGCCUAGUGUUUUUACUACUCACGUUGGUACAAUGCAGUCACAAUGGAGAAGAGGGUGAUUAUUUUGUUGGUUUUGUUCGUCCUGUGGGUGCAGAAGAAGAGGUGAGCUAGCAGGAGCUUGCUGGCUACGGUUUGGCGGCUGCUAUAUGUCUUGUUUUUCUGAACUCGGUCGGUUGCUGUGCGAGGUGGUUCGGACCAUGUAAUGAUGAUUUCAGAAAUCAGGGAGUAAAUGGCAAAAACUACCGCUUUUUUUUUUAACCCUAGGCUUCCUAUUCUGUUCUAGAAAAGAAUAUCCCCUUUGUCCGGAAAUACUUGUCGGAGAGCAGGUCAAAAAGAAAAGAAAAGAAAUACUCGUAAGAGAGAUGAACGUAUCUAGACGUAUUUUUGUUCUAGAUGCAUCCAUUUUCAUCCAUUUCUAUGACAAGUAUUUCCGGACGGAGGGAGUAGAACCUACCACUUGGAAGGCCUAACAAACGGUUACAGUUCUAUGCUAAUUAGUCAUAAAUUAAUACCACUUCCAUUUAGGGGCAGUGCUAGGGGUAUUCUUGGGU